AUGGCCGAAGGAAUCGCCUUUGAAAUCGCCGGAAAGCUCAUUUCUGAACUGAGCUCCCAUGUUAUGGAGCAACUUGGCUUGUGGUGGAAUUUCAAAGACGACCACGACGACCUCAAAAGCACCAUCUCCGCAAUCAAAGCCGUGCUUCUCGACGCGGAAAAGCAGUCCGUGACCAGCGAACUCGUCAAAGAUUGGCUUGCAAAGCUGAAAGAUGCUAUGUACGACGUGGAAGACUUGCUGGAUGAUGUCCGUACCGAAGCCUUGCGGAAGAAUCUGAUGAGUGGGAACAAGUUCACCAAAGAGGUACGCGUUUACUUCUCGAGAUCGAACCCGUUUACUUAUGGUCUGAAAAUGGGACGAAAAAUCAAGGCCAUCAAGGCCAGAUUUACUUCCAUUCAAAGUCAGGCCAGCAUGUUGAACUUGGUUCAGCGUGACCAUCCUGUGGAAACCUCUUUCAUGGCCAAAAGGAGGCGGCAGACGCACUCUUUUGUGUCGAAAGGUGAAAUCACAGGGAGGGACGAUGACAAAGCAGCUCUUCUAAGACUCUUGUUGGAGUUUCAAAGCGAAGAGAAUGUUUAUGUCAUUCCCAUGGUGGGGAUCGGAGGCUUAGGCAAGACUGCGUUGGCGCAGUUGGUCUAUAACGACGAAAUUGUUAAAAACCACUUCGAGUUAAGGAUGUGGGUCUGUGUUUCUGAUGUUUUUGAUGUGAGAACAAUUGUAGAAAACAUCAUUAAAUCUGUAACUCAUCAAGCACCUGGUCAAAAUCUCGAAAUGGAUCAACUGCAAAAACAACUUCGGGAUAAAAUUGACGGGCAAAAAUAUUUGCUUGUCUUAGAUGACAUUUGGAAUGAGGAGAGGGAACUAUGGAUUAGCUUAAAGAAGUUACUGAUGGGUGGAGCUAAAGGGAGUAGGAUAAUCGUAACUACUCGCUCUAAGAAGGUAGCUAAGGUCACUAGUAAUUGUCGGCCACAUGUUCUGAGAGGCUUGUCUGGUGAUGAUGCAUGGUUUUUGUUCAAAGAAAUAGCAUUUGAACAAGGAUCUGCAGAUUCGACAAAUUCAGGCUUUGUGGAAAUAGGAAAGCAGAUUUUGGAAAGGUGUCAUGGAGUUCCCUUGGUCAUAAGGACAAUAGCUAGUACCUUAUCUUUUAAAGAAACUGAAACUGAGUGGCUUUCUUUCAAAGAUAAUGAACUUGCUAGAAUAUCUCAAAGAUACGGUGAUAUUUUGCCUACACUUAGGUUGAGUUAUGAUCAUCUCCCAUCUCAUUUGAAGCAUUGCUUUGCUUAUUGCAGACUGUACCCAAAAGAUUAUAAAUUUGAUGUGCAAACACUUGUUCGAAUCUGGAUUGCACUAGGGUUUGUAAAACAAUCAAAUCCUAGUGAAUCUCUUGAAGAGAUUGGGUUCGAGUAUUUUAAAUGUCUGGUUGAAAGAAGUUUCUUUCAAGAGGUAGCAGAAGAUCAAUUUUGGAGGGUAACAUGUAAAAUGCAUGAUUUGAUGCAUGAUCUUGCUGAAUCGGGAAAGAAAUUGCGGAGUUUGUUAUGUUAUGGAGUCAGCUUUGGUGAAAAUAGGAGAGAUGCGAUUUGGGAUUGGAUAAUUUCAAAUGGUAGAUGCUUGCGUGUUUUAGAAUACAAUGGUUUAGAAUUUGUCCCACGUUCCAUUCAUAAGCUGAAACAUUUGAGGUACCUUGAUCUUUCUGAGAAUUAUCUUCUUAAGAUCCUUCCAAAGAGUAUUUGCAAGAUGCAAAAUUUGCAAGUGCUGAAACUUGAUUUUUGUCCCCAACUUGAAGAAUUGCCAAAGAAGAUUGAAAAAUUGGAGAACCUUACCCAUCUUCCGUGUGUUAGUUGUGCCUUAACUCAUAUGCCACGUGGAAUAGGGAAGCUGACUUCGCUUCAGACGUUAAGCAUGUUUGUUGUGGAUGAAGACGGUUCCCAUGGUACUGCUGCUGCAGAUCUAAGUGAAUUGAGUCAGCUCAACAACCUGAGGGGAGAGCUAAAAAUAACAAAUUUGGGAUUCGUGAGAAAUGCAAGAGAGAAGUUUAAAGCUGCUAAUUUGAAAGGGAAGCAACAUCUACGAGAACUGAUUUUAGAAUGGAGAGGUGCUAGUGAUGACGAAGAGAAGUCACUUGAAGACCUCCAGCCCCAUCCUAAUCUGAAGGAGCUCCGAGCUCAAACCCGAAGCCCGUCAGAUACCAAACCCGACCCAGAAUUACAAGACUUGGAGCCCAGACCCGGUUCAGGCCCAAUACCCGAACCAGGCCUGGAUCUGGCCCAAGUAAUUAGGGUUUUAAACCCUAAACCGAAGCCAGUGGUUAGCCGCCGCCGCCAGCAGCAAAGGAACAGCCGCGCCGCCGUCACUGUUCCGGCCCGUCUCGCUCCACUCCGACUGCACCCACCUGCACCAACAGUAACCCCAUCAGUUCCAAAUCAAACCAAUCAAAGGAAAUAG